CUUUCCAGAUCUCCCACCCACCCACCCUGCCCGGGAAAUUCAGUGUUGGAGGCAUGAAUGGGCAAGGACAGCUGUAGAAGGUUGAAAGGUUGACGGACACAUUUCUUCAAACAUAAACAACAUGAAACUCUUCUGCAAGACGCUGCUGGCCUUCUGGGUCCUAUUUGAAGGGGUCUUGGCUGGACCGUGGAGCGCCUGGAUGCCCGAACACAUCACUGCCUUUGAGGGCACCUGUGUGGUUAUCCCCUGCCGCUUCAGCUACCCGGAGGAGCUACGCCCAGCAACCAUCCAUGGCAUCUGGUACUUCAACAGCCCAUACCCCAAGAAUUAUCCCCCAGUGGUUUACAAAUCCCGCACCAACAUUAUCCACGAGAGCUACGUUGGACGCAGUAGGCUGCUGGGAGAGCUGAAUUUCCGCAACUGCACCCUGCAGAUCUCCCGUCUCAGCCCUGAACUCUCGGGGAAGUAUUACUUUCGGGGAGACCUUGGUGGCUACAAUCAAUAUACCUAUCCAGAGCACAGCAACCUCGAGGUCAUCAGUGAGUAUCAGCUGCGGCGACACCAUGUUUUGGUUUUUUUUUUUAAAAAAAAUGCAUGUCCUUCUUUGACUCUGUCUCCCUGUGCAGAUGCUCCUUGGAAACCCGUAGUCAACGGAUCCAUGGUGGUCCUUGAGGGAGAGCCGGUCUCUAUCUUCUGCAGCUCGCAGAGCAGCCCUGAGCCAACAAUCACCAUCUACAAGGACAAGAAGCCAUUAGCCAUGGGGGUCUACCAAAGCCAGGUGGAGCUGGAGUUUGAAUCCGUGUCACACGAAGACGACGGCGAAUACUGGUGCACAGCAGAGAACCAGUUUGGCCAGAGCAGCACUGCUUUCAACCUCACCGUUGAAUUUGCUCCCCGUAUUCUUCCGGACUCCAAGUGCACAGCCGCUCGGGAUACAGUGAAAUGCAUCUGUGCGGCCAAAGCUAACCCAGAAGCUAUGAUCACCUUUGAGUUGCCCACCCGCAAUGUGACGGUCAACGAGACCGACCGGGAGUUUGUGUACUCCCAGAAAACGGGCUACAUUGUCACCAGCAUCCUGACUGUUCAGAGGGAGGUUGACUCUCAGCUCUAUAUAGUCUGCUCUGCCAGGAACCACUACGCCACCAAGAACCAGCAGCUCCAGUUCCAUCACUCCAACAGUCUGAUGUGGGCAAAAGUUGGACCGGUGGGAGCUGUUGUGGCCUUUGCCAUACUCAUAGCUGUGGUGUGCUAUGUCAGCCAGGCUAGAAAAAAAAAAAACAAUGAUAAUCCUGGCUUUGGUCAAACAGAAAACCCUCCUGUUGUCUACAGCGGAGAUUACAGGAAUCCGGGCAAUCUGGAAAAAUCAGAGUACGGGCGCUGUGACAAACGGCUGUUGAACAAGCGUGAGGACCUGGGGAUUGAUUAUGCCAACAUAGACUUCACCAAAUUGUCCACCAAGGACAGCUAUACCCUGACGGAGGAGUUGGCUGAAUAUGCUGAAAUCCGAGUCAAGUGAGGCCUCUUCUCACCAAGGCCUUUUCUUCCCACUGGAACUAUAGUAGUUGAAAGAAAACCCCGAGCCGUCACCAUCCCUGGGCUGGCCAUCCAUCAUCUCUCAGGGGACUUCACAGUAUCCACUGUUUUUGAUAUCCUGAUGUUCGCACUCCAAAAUACGGGCUGGGUUUUCAUUUCCUGGAGAGUACACACUGAAGGUCACACUAACACAUAUAUUAGGGUUCCCCUUUUCUCUCACACAUACAAAUCCCCCCAUAAGUAAACACUUGUCCUUUUGGCCAGCCAACAGGUUAGUUUCAGAAUGAUAAGAGGGCAGCUCUUUCUGCUUGUACUGUGGUAAAUUCCUAAAUCUUGGAUACCUAGUCUAAUUUGCUAGCAAACGAUCAACCUAGAACAUGAUUCCAGUUUCAUAAUCGCAAGGAUCGAAUUGACAAAUCCAGAACGGCUGUGAUCUAAUAGGUAUCCCUCUAUCUGACAUAGUUCCAUGAAAGAGGUUGCGUUUCUAUGAGAAGUUGAACCGAUUGGUUUUCACCACAAUGCCCAAGAGUCUUGAUCCUUCUCAUCCAGGCAGUACUCUACUCUAUUGUAAGCAGUAGAGUCGGCUUUCUAUCUGUCCAAUGUUCACUUCACAUUCCAGAUUCAAGCUGGGGGGCGGGGGGACCAAAUUCUAGCUCAUGUGUCUCGAUAACUCUACAUCUCUGUCUUUAACAAAAUAAAAAAGGAAGCAGGGAAUGCUUUAGGCACAUCAUUUUAUUUCUACAUGUAUAAGACAGCGAACAUUCUACCACCUUGUUCCGAUUCCAGCAACAUAGAUUUCAGGUUAAAAAGAAACAAAGUGAUGAGAUGACCGAAAACAUCACCUAGUGAAUUCUAGCAUCUUCAGUGCACCAACCAGCUAUGGUUGAAGAAAUAUAAAGCCUGCCCAGCUACUGUCCUUUUGACAUAGCGAUGGUUGAGUGACUCUAGAAGACGCUAUGAAUUGCUAGCAUGAAAAUGACCUUCGUGGUCAAGCCAUUUUUACCAGAUAUGCUUAGAUCCAAUUUUACAUUAUGUAUAUCUGUUAAGUAGAGGACUAACUUCUGUUUCCUAGAAUGUAUGCUCUGUUUCAACGAGGGUUUCCCCGUAACAGUCCUCCGUGAUACAUUCCUGUUGUUGUUAGCAUGACUAAUGAAAGUGCUGUGUGUUUUGCUGAGCAACUGGAUAUUGUAUUCUGUAGCAUCCACUCAAUUCUGUCCGCAGCUUUGCCUUUUGAGAUAAAAGGUGCCCUUUCCAAUAAGUAAAUUUGUUGGGCAAAAGGUCUUCUCUUUCCUCUGCUUGUUCAACCUCCGGAGAACAGAAUCUUUGAUGUCUUAAAUCCAACAAGAACCCCAUUGAUUUUGACGACAUGGGGAGGUUAUAGAAGAAACAUCUGGGAUCCUUCAUUACUUGCUGAAGACCUGCCAUGGUUAUAUUGAAAACCUUGACUGUCCAUCUUCGUGGUCUUAUAGUAAAGCCUUCCAAUCAUAAAGCAGUUUUGCCUGCAAGAGUGGUGGGACUUCGCUUCACUUGAAUGUGUUCAAGCUGGGCCGAGAUAACCAUCAUUUGGGGAGGAUUUAAUUUGAAAACCUGCACUGAGAAAGAGGUUGAACUGGGUGGUUUAAAACGGCCUCUUCUAACUCCAUGAUGUUAUGACCACGAUUGAUUAGAUGUCCGCUUGGGAUAAGGAGUAAUGGAAAAGUUAAAAAGCUCCCUUGGCACGUUCUCCAAAAACUAGAAUGAGGAAAUAAUUUGGUUAACAUAUUUCAUGUUACAGGCAAUGACUAUGUUAGGUUCUCCAAAGCUUUUAAGUCUGUAAGAAAAGCUUCAGGGGCAUUCAAAACUGGUGACAUUUUGGUGAGCCCUUUUAAAAUUAUAGUGAUAUUUUGGAGAAAUAGAGACUGUUACAGCCAGAAGAUGAAAAGAAUCUAGCAAGCAUUAUUUCUUUUAAUUUCUCCAUUCCUUUCGGCACAUGGGAGGGUUAGCAACAACUGUCAGCAAAAAGGGGCAAAACAACUAGGAUUUCAAGCAUCUGAAGCUUUUCGUGUUUUUAAAAAUAAUCUCAGGAAAAGUUUUUACUGCUUGGAAAGUUUCCAGCUCUAUUGUUGCAUUGGAAUAAUGUUUACAGAAUCAAAUUCCACCUUUGGUUUGGUUUUUAAAUCAAGGCUCCUCCUAAUCCCCUUGUGUUCCAACACACAACAUAUCCUGUGUUUUUGUACUGUAUAGAAAAAGAUACUGUAUUUUGCUGAUUAAGCAACAGCUGAAUCAUUGUUUUAAAAAGUUGUGAAAGUUGGGAAUUAUAUGAAACCCAGCUGGGAAAGGAACCCCCAUCACUGAGUUAAUGAGAUGGCGUUCCAAUUGGUGUUUGUGAAGAAAAAACUGUAAUUCUCAACUGGCAAGCUAAUUCCGAUCUCCUAACAAGAUUAAUACCUAACAUUUCAGGCAAAAGCAUGUUUCUAUUUAUUGAAAAAGCACCUUUAUUUUAAAAAA